UCGGACCUUCUAAUUAAGGAAAGAGAAAGACACCUGAUUAAUCUGUUGAGCAGCGAACUCAUUCAGAACUUCGAUUACACUGUCCUGAUUUGUACAACAUUCGUCCACAACGAGACGUAUGAUAAUUUCGGAGAUUCGGAUAAAGACUUAUUUAUUUUAACUCCUCAGCAAAACCAGAUUGAUGACUGGCUCAAGAUUAUUAGUUAUGUGUAUGGGGGAACUGACACACUGAUCAUUCUCGGUGAUUGUGCUGCUUCGAGGGAUGUGAAGCAGAGGACGAAUGAAAUCGUGAAUUUGGCAUUCAGCGCAAGUCAUAAGGAAAUCAGCGUUUGGGUCCUCACACAACGGAUGACAAGCAUCGCAAAACCAUUCAGAGAGAACACUGCUACAUUAUUUCUCUUCUACACAACAUUUUCCAAGGAUAUGAAGAUCAUUUUAAGGAUAACGCGGGUGAGUUGAUGAAAGAUGGGCAGAAGAAAUUAAUAUCAAAGCUCAAGAAUGAGAAGUAUUGAGUAUCAAGCGAAGGAGAUGAUUUGUGUAUCUCUCACUAGGAUCAAGUCAAGAAGCUUUCUGAACAAGAUGUUGAGAUGUACUUCAAGAGAUAUGGAGCUUCGUUGUCUUUAAAGACUUUCAUGGAAUGGUUGAUACAUUUCUUCAGCUCCUAUGUAAAGUAUUAG